CUCCACGCUGCUCCAGCUGAUCACUGCUAUGCUGGACCUGAAGAUGUGUCCUGUGAUUGCUGCACUGGAAGAAAGCGGAAAGCCACCAAGUCCUGUCUGCAGUGUCAGGUUUCUUACUGUGAGCAACACCUCCAGCCUCACUAUGAAGUGGUUCCAUUCAAGAAACAUAAGCUGAUUGAAGCUUCUGCAAAGCUUCAGGAGAACAUCUGUACUCGGCACAAUGAGGUGAUGAAGAUUUUUUGUCACGAUGAUCAAAAGUGUAUCUGUUACCUCUGCUCCAUGGAUGAACAUAAAGGACACAGCACUGUCAUAGCUGAAGCAGAAAUGACAAAAAGAAAAGGAGAGAUUGGGCCGAAACGGAGAAACAUCCAACAAAGAAUCCAAGACAGAGAGAAAUAUGUGACGAUGCUUCAGCAGGAGGUGGAGGCUAUAAAUCGCUCUGCUGAUAAAGCUAUGCAGGACAGUGAGGAGAUGUCCACUGAGCUGGUCCAUCUCAUUGAGGGAAAAAAUUCUCAUGUCAAGUGUGAAAUCAAAUCCCAGCAGGCAAUUGAAGUGAGUCGAGUCAAAGGGCUUCAGGAGAAGUUGGAGCAGGAGCUCGGUGAGCUGAGGAAGAGAGACGCUGAUCUGGAGAAGCUCUCACGCACAGAGGAUCAAACCCAGUUUCUGCACGAUUAUUUCUCACUGUCACGUCUCAGGAAAUCCACCGUCUUACCGAAGACCAAUAUCAGCCCUCUGCGAUAUUUUGAAGAUGUGACAACAGCUGUGUCAGAGGCCAGAGCUGAACUACUGAAAACUAAUACUAAGGAAUGGAAAAAGAUCUCAAUGACGGUGACUGGAGUGGAAGUUUUACUGCCACAAGACCCCAAGACGAGAACUGAAUUUUCCCAUUAUGCAGUUUACAAGCAUGAGUUAAAACUGGAUCCAAACACAGCAAACAUGCGGCUGGUAUUUUCUGAAGAGAACAGAAAAGUAGCCUUGGUAAGAGAUGAACAGUCAUAUUGUAAUCACUCAGACAGAUUCAUUGAUAAGCCUCAGGUUCUGAGUAGAAAACCGCUGACUGGACGCUGUUACUGGGAAGUGCAGUGGAGUGGAUUAGGACUUUCGGUAGCAGUUGCCUAUAAGGAUAUUGCCAGAACGGGAGAGGAAAGUGCAUUUGGAAACAACGACAAGUCUUGGGUACUGGAGUGUCUAUCCAAAGGUAAUUAUAAUUUCAAACAUGACGGUAACAGAACACCUAUCCCAGCCCCUCAGUCCCCCAGAUUAGGAGUAUUCUUGGACUUUAAAGCAGGUAUUCUGAUAUUUUAUGGUAUCUCUACACCUGAGCCGACUGUCCUCCACAGAGUCCAGACCACAUUUACUCAGCCGCUCUAUGCUGGACUUGGUGUUUGUUAUUUUGGAGCUACAGCUGAGUUUUGUGAUGUCAAGUAGACUGGAGCUAAAGUGAAGAAUUAUUUGGAUCAGAAGGCAGAAAGGGCUUUCACAAAUUAGAUACAGGUUUAAUCACCAUUAUGAUAACUCACUUAAAUGGACAUUUAUCUACAUAAAUCACAUCAUACAUACAUCAUCAUCAUUCCUAGUGCGCAUGUGCGAAAGCUGCACGCUGCCUGUUGCGCUCCUCCAGCCUUUGAGGUCACUUUUUGACUUUUGUUCGUUUUUGUUUUCUUCGCUGUGGCUCUGUGGAGUCCUGCCCUCUCCAACGGGGUUCUUUUUAGAGAGGUUUUUUUGUGUGCUUUUUGUCGUGUUUUUUCUUCGUGUUGUUUUUUAAAUGCUUCCACCUGGACACGCUGCCUUUGUUAACUCCGGGGAACCGAUAAUACCAGCCGAUAAUACCAGCUGAACUCUGGAGGAAAACACUGAAAAUGCAGAGUAUGAAUGCAGUCUGAUGUGCUUCACAGAGACAGGGCUGCACAGGGACACUACGGACCAGAAAAACUCUGUUGAUGGCUUCCACACUGUCUGGGCAGACCAGGAUUGUAAUCUAACACAUAUAUGGUCAAUAACUUUUUGAAGUUGUUGCACAUUAUUUAACUGUAAAUUUGAUCUUUUAUACCUUUUUAAAAAAUAAAUAAA